AUGUGGAGGGGAGAACGCACGGUCAACUCGACCACAUGCAUGCCCGGGGUCACGGACACGGUUUUCCUGCAGCCGAUGGCCAAAAAUAGCUGCUCCAUGACGGCCCAUGGACCAGCUUCUCCGGGCCCCUGGCAACUUGGCGAGGUUCCGGGUAAACCUCGUCAUGAGAAGCCGAGCAUGCAUCCAGCGGCUGCGGGCUCCAAGCACCAUGAAGUGCCGCAGACACCGUGGCCAGCCUCGAGGAUAAAAUUGGGUCGUCGACGGAUAAUUAGCGAGAAUUCCAAGGCCGCGGGCGCAAAGUCCCCCAGAGCCGCUGCUGGAACCUGAACCUGAGGGAUGAACCCGAAUCUCAUGGGUGCGAAGCGCUCCAAGGUGAGACACUGAAACCGAGUCUCGGUCCUGUCAUGUAGGGCUGAAGAUGAUCGUCCAGUGAGUGGCAACGACGACGGAAAAGAGCAAGAGACGCGAGGUACGAAGCCCAGAGGCGUCACUGGGGAGCGUGUCGGAGGCCGAUGCAAAAGUACACAACUUGGCCGUUCAGUGGUUGGGGUGUUGGGAGCUGGCGACUGAGGCCCGUGGAGACUGCCCAGGUCGCGGAAGAACCGUGGUACUCUCGGUACACUGUGUUGCUACAUGGUAUGGAACGAACAAGUGCAAACGACGGAGAACGAGAAGGGAAAGAGCCUCCUCUGUCUGGUAUUCAGUAUUCC